GUACGAAAUCUCGCACAAGAAAAAACAAGACACCGAUUAGGUAGAGAAAGUUUUUAUUUUGAAUACCACACACUCGGAUGGAUUUCAAAAGGAAGCUCAAGACGGAUCGCGAUAGCGCCGGUGCGUAUACUAGUAAACUUUUCCGGUUCGAUUUACGUGAUGGACAGUACGACCGGCUGUUAAGGAAGAACUUUCGUAACAGUGACUAUCUACCGCAGUUGGGCUUAGGGAUACUGGAAUAUCGACCGAAAAGGUCGAAGUCCUGCGGCGGUGCAACAGGUGAACAGUUUGCAAACAUGUCGAGCACUAGUAACAACAACAACAAUUGUCCGAAGGGACGCAGUCCGCUAGCGAACGUGUCCAACCAUGCUCAGACUAUCGGCGCCUAUUCAGCUGCAAAUCAGACGAAUCCCAGUUUGACCCAGAACGGAAACGGUGAUGUGAAUCUGCGAAAAUACAUCAGCAUACUGAACGAUGAAAAGUUCUUCCUCUAUCGGAAGCGAACAGCUAAACAGCUGCCAGGGGAAGAUUAUUUCACCCGGUUAUCGGAUGAAAUGAUUUUGCAGGUCUUUCGCUGGUUGCCGAAGAAAACGCUAAUUCGCUGCAGUGAGGUUUCCAAGCGCUUCAAUCGGGUUGCCCAGGAUGAAACAUUGUGGACACGAUUGGAUCUUUCCUGUCGUUCUUUACGCGAAGGAGCCAUCGGACGGGUUAUCUCACGAGGAACUGUCAUUUUACGACUAGCACAGGCACACGUUUCCUUUCCGGUGUUUUCACCGUGCAGUGUGGAGCCUAACUUCCAGUCGAAGUUACAAUUUCUGGAUCUGAGUAUGUGCACAAUUGAGCCUGAUACACUGCAGCAGCUACUUUCUCACUGUCGAUCGUUGCGAAAGCUUAGCUUGGAAAACGUUCCGUUGAGUACCGGUUGCUGCAAUGAGAUAGCCGAAAACGAGAACCUAGAGGCCCUCAAUUUGACCAUGUGUGAGGGCUUAGAGUGCCACAAUGUAUUGAAAUUGUUGCAAAAGCUAACGAAGCUGCACAGCUUAAACAUUUCGUGGACACAUUUGUCCCGACAGUCGGUAGAGGUUCUGGUGACUCACGUAACACCGACUCUGCUGCGACUCAAUAUCGCCGGUUGUCGGCAAUCGAUGAGUGACGCUGCUCUGAACAAACUGAUAACCCGCUGUCCGGAUCUGUUGGAGCUGGAUUUAUCAGACUGUACGCAACUCUCCUCCGAGGCCAUUACUGUGGUGUGUAAGUUAAAGAAGCUGGAGUAUCUUUCGCUGUCGCGCUGCUAUAAUAUUAAUGUUACCUCCUAUUUAUCGCUAAGCGAACUGCACUCGCUCCUGUUUUUGGAUGUGUUUGGACUUCUUUCCGAUCAGGCUAUAGCGAUGCUACAGACAUCAUUUCCCGGCGUUGGGAUUAACAAGUUUAUGCACAGCUCCGUUGCUCGGCCUACCGUGGGUACACGCCGGACGUCGAUUUGGGGACUACGGACAAGGGACUGAUAGGCAAAUUGCCAUGUGGUUUGUACAUUGAGUUUAUUCAAAUGCUUUAAUAUUUAAUCUCAUGAUUCAAAUCAAUACACGUCUACGAGUAGAGGAUGAAUAAUGUAAUAAUAUUCGAUAACUGUA